CAUCUCCCCUCUUUCCCUUCUGCAUCAAUCUCAAUUGAUUGCAGAGCUAUACCAAUAGCCUCUUGAGCACCACAGCCAUGUUCUCAAGAGCCAUCCGCCAGUCGAGCCGCCGGGUCGCUGCAAUCUCUGCUUCAAGCAGAAUUGCCAGCAGCAUCGCUACGACCCGCGCACCUGCUUUCGCCCAGGUCCGAACCUACGCCGAGGCAAAGGCCACCCCCACCGAGGUCUCCUCCAUCCUUGAGCAGAGGAUCCGUGGAGUCCAGGAGGAGAACAGCCUUGCCGAGACCGGUCGCGUCCUCUCCGUCGGUGACGGUAUUGCCCGUGUCCAUGGAAUGAACAAUGUCCAGGCCGAGGAGCUCGUCGAGUUCGCCUCCGGUGUCAAGGGCAUGUGCAUGAACUUGGAAGCCGGUCAGGUCGGUGUCGUGCUUUUCGGUUCCGAUCGAUUGGUCAAGGAGGGCGAGACUGUCAAGCGUACCGGCGAGAUUGUCGAUGUCCCCGUCGGCGAGGCUCUCCUCGGACGUGUCGUGGACGCCCUCGGCAACCCCAUCGACGGAAAGGGUCCCCUCAAGACGACUGAGAAGCGUCGUGCCCAGCUCAAGGCCCCGGGAAUCUUGCCGCGUCAGUCCGUCAAGGAGCCUGUCCAGACUGGUCUCAAGUCUGUCGACGCCAUGGUUCCCAUUGGCCGUGGCCAGCGUGAGCUGAUCAUUGGUGACCGUCAGACCGGAAAGACCGCUGUCGCUCUCGACGCUAUGCUGAACCAGGCCCGAUGGAACCGAGGCACCGACGAGAAGAAGAAGCUCUACUGCAUCUACGUUGCCGUUGGUCAGAAGCGAUCCACCGUCGCUCAGUUGGUCAAGACCCUUGAGGAGAACGAUGCCAUGAAGUACACCAUCAUCGUUGCUGCCACUGCUUCCGAGGCUGAUCAGCCAUUGCAGUACCUGGCGCCGUUUACCGGCUGCUCUAUGAGGCUCCCAAUGGCCCCGGCAUUCGCCAACGCGGUCCGCGUCGAGGGCCUCGCUGCUUCCUCAGGAUGGCGGUGCGGUCAACAACACGACUGCUGCUUCCUCAGGAUGAGUGUGUCCCUCAUGGAUGCCUACCUGUGGGAAGCCAUCAACCUCGACGCCCCCAUCUGGUGGCUACAUCCCAUGUUCAUGACCUUAUGGGACGAUGAGGAUGCCUUCGAUCAGAUCUGCGAAGCGGCGCCUUCACUCACCUUCGCACCGGGCCUCAGGGAGGUCCUCGAUUCUCCCACUCCUCCCACACUCGAGUACUUCAGAUCGCUCCCUGAAGUCGUCAGGAGUGAGUGGCGGAAGCAUUGGGUCAUCUAUGCCCACAUCUACGAGCACGAAGGCCGCAAGCCACGCCUGUACAUCGGCUCCGCUACUGCUCAACGCGGUGCUACACCAAGGCUUGCCGUGUAUGAGAAAACGAUUGCGCAGACUCUCCCUCGUUUUGUCAAGAAGGCCAUCACUCAAGGGUUCCGGAAAACGCGGACCGCGUUGCUCGCCUGGAGUGACAUUCCUCUCCCCGGCGUCUUUCUGAAGGCAAGGCAGCGCUACUUAGGCAUCGAGGGCAUCUUCCAGAUGCUGUUUUUCGCCAGCAUCUUCGAUAAGUAUGAGCCCGAGUGGGCUGACUUCAUGCCCUGGUGUCGUAAAGAUGUGGAGUGGGAGCCUCUCUGCUCACAUGUCUCUCUCAGCGAGUGUGGCAAGGGUGACUUCAGUCUGUCAACCGAGGAGCUCGAAUUCCUUCAUGCCAUCCGGCUCAAGAACCGCCGACGGCAGAAGAACCUGGACAACCUUCGCUAUCGCGUCAAAUGGAAGGCCUCACGUCCCAGCCAGCGGAGGGCGAAUCGUCUCGCUGUGAAGGCUACUCGCAAACACGAAUGCACUACUUGCAAGAUGACAUUUGGGUGUCAAUCUGAACUCACUGCACAUCUUCGUCGAGGACUCCACAAGAACAAUGUCGAGAAGCUAGCAAGGGGUGAACCCAUUGGACCCAAACCCGAAGCUGUUCGCCGAGCCAAGCUGAUGGCGCGCAAUGUCGCACAGAGGCGGUUCCAUUGCGAUGUUUGCGACCAUGACUUCCAAAACAAGGACAACCUCAACAAGCACUACCUCACUGCGCGUCACAGCAAGGCCGCUGCCAUCGCUGACGCGGAGCUCGAUAACCCGGACCUGGACUAUGAAUCGGACAGCGGCUCUGACGCGGACCGCGAUGAGCUCGACGCCGAGGCCCUCGACACUGACUUGGACGGCUUCCAAGUCAGCGAUGAGGACUAAUGUUCCGCGACAAUGGCAAGCACGCUCUGAUCAUCUACGACGACUUGACCAAGCAGGCUGUCGCCUACCGCCAGAUGUCUCUGCUGCUUAGGAGGCCUCCAGGUCGUGAGGCUUACCCCGGUGACGUCUUCUACCUCCACUCUCGUCUCCUCGAGCGUGCGGCCAAGAUGAACGACAAGCUCGGUGGUGGUUCGCUCACUGCUCUGCCCGUCAUCGAGACCCAGGGUGGUGAUGUGUCUGCCUACAUCCCGACCAACGUCAUUUCCAUCACUGAUGGCCAGAUCUUCCUCGAGGCCGAACUCUUCUACAAGGGUGUCCGUCCCGCCAUUAACGUCGGUCUUUCCGUCUCCCGUGUCGGCUCCGCCGCCCAGGUCAAGGCCAUGAAGCAGGUUGCCGGAUCUCUCAAGCUGUUCUUGGCUCAGUACCGCGAGGUCGCUGCGUUCGCUCAGUUCGGUUCCGACUUGGACCCGGCGACUCGCCAGACACUCGCCAGGGGUGAGCGCCUCACAGAGUUACUCAAGCAGAAGCAGUACUCGCCCAUGGCCGUCAACGAGAUGGUUCCCUUGAUCUACGCAGGUGUCAACGGUCUCCUUGACAAUGUCCCAGUCAGCAAGAUUCUCCAGUGGGAGGCCGACUUCCUUGCCCACCUCCGAUCGAACGAGACCGAGAUGCUCGAGACCAUUGACCGGGAAGGUGCGCUCAGCAAGGACCUCGAGUCCAAGCUGAGGGAGGUUGCCACAAGCUUCACCAAGCAAUUCUUGUAAAUGGAGAAGGCUUGAAGAAGAAUGUAUAAUAGAAGAUGCGUCCUCGCCAUCAGCUGUCUCAAUAUGGAAGAUUUGUUCGUUUUCUGCAUUGAACAUGGCGGAUGCUGCGAUCGUGGUGCAUGACCCCCUCUGUCCAAGACUCGACUACCCUAGUGAUUCCCUUUGCGCUGUUAGCUGUUAGCGGUAGAUAGCUUCGAGUAGUGGGCUUGUAUAUCGCGAAUUCAGCUUUUGUUAAGUUA